AUGCAUCGACGGAGCAGAUCCAGUGUCGCCAGCCCCGUCUCUACCUCAGCGUCGGCUGCCGUGGCUGUGCCACUAGCCUCGUCCUCCAGACGAAACUCCGUCAGCACCCCCUUGGUUUCAGGGGCUACCGUGCCCUCCUCUGGAGUUGACAUGUUGACCAUGGAGACUGAACAGGAGGCCAUCUUCAACAAAUUGCAGCGAGAAAUCAACUAUCUGAAGGACAGACGAGGCUCUGGAACGGAUGGCCAGAGCGUCAGUCACUUCAGAAAGGCCUCUCUCUCAGGCGGGCCUGAAGAGUACGGGGUUUCACCAACCAGCACAGCGUCCGUAUUUUCGGCCUAUAAUAUUCCCAACUCGGUGUCGUCAUCGUCGCUGUCGUCAGUAUCCAGCACAGUGUCUUACCAGGACCAGGGACGCCAGUUUGAGCGCAGAGGGUCCAUUCGAAGAGCAUCUGUGUGUGGAGAGGAUUACGAAAAACUAAAGCAGGAGAAUGAAAUGCUGAAAAACAAACUGAGAGACCUGACAUUGAAGCUCGCAGAUAAAGAACAUGAAGUUGAGCUUCUCAAGUCCAGAGGUACACCUCCCAUUCCAGUCAAGCUUGUUUGA